AUGGCUCAAGCCCCCCCGCCCAGCCCCGGCCCGAGGAGCGCGCGCUUCCUGGCGAGGCGGCCUCUUCCCAACCCCAACGGGGCGCGUCGCGUCCGCAUCCCCACCACAGAGCCAGCGCGGACGCGCCGCCUGCUCUUGCGCACGCGCACUCUUCGGAGGCGCUCGGCGGACGGAUGCCUUCGCUCCGGUCCCCGCCCCUCAAGACCGGAAGUUUUUCCCUCUUCUCCUUCGCCUCGUUGUCAGUCACUUCCGCCUCGCGUUUCCUUCCGCUUCCGGGGCGGAGGGGAGGAGUGGGGGGCUCGCCGUUACCGCGGCUCGCCGCCGCCCCCUCCUCCCCCGCCGCCGCCGCCCCAGCCCCAGCCGCCCCCACCGCCUCCCGGCACGUCCACGGCCGCCGCCGAGCCGGAGCUGGUGUCGCUCAUCCUCAGCCGCCUCAAGAGCCAGGGCCUCUUCGACCAGUUCCGCCGCGACUGCCUGGCCGACGUGGACACCAAGCCUGCUUAUCAGAACUUAAGGCAGCGGGUUGACAACUUUGUUUCCAACCAUCUCGCAACUCACACAUGGAGUCCUCACCUGAACAAAAACCAGCUGCGGAAUAAUAUUAGGCAACAGGUUCUCAAAUCUGGAAUGUUAGAAUCUGGGAUUGACAGAAUCAUUUCUCAAGUUGUGGAUCCAAAGAUCAACCACAUAUUCAGACCACAGGUUGAAAAAGCUGUCCAUGAGUUCUUAGCCACGUUAAAUCAUAAAGAGGAAGCCAGUCCCAGCACAGCACAACCCGAGGAGAAACCAGAUGCUUCUCUUACCACACAAGGUGUUUCUGCUGCCGCUCCUAGUGCCAGUGUGGCUAGUGACGCCAUGUCUAUUUUGGAAACAAUCACUUCUCUCAACCAAGAGGCCAGUGCAGCCAGGGCUUCCUCAGAGGUAAUGAAUUCCAAGGCUACUGACAGAGCUUCGAGAAAACUCUCAUCUCAGCAGAGUGUAGAUGGUGGGAUUGAGCGAGAACGGAAUGCAGAAGAUCUGCCGGAUUGGGAGAAACCGUGUAACGCUGCCGAAGAAAUCGCCGAAACUGUCACCAACGGGGAAGAGGUAAAUAGCUUCUCUUCAAGUGAAGAAGGGAAAACUGUGCAGAAAGAAGCUCCCAGUUUGAUCAACCCGAGCAAGGAUGUUGUGCAGGAAGGGGAUGAUCAGAAAAGCAGACUGGCAGACAGAAAGCCUGAUAACUCUGAGAAAGGAGAGAGGAAGAAAGAGAAAAAGGAAAAACUGGACAAGAAGUUGGACCACUUGAAAAAGAACGACGAUAUUCUGAAAGUGAGAGAAGAAAAGGCUGCGAAAGAGAGAGAGACAGAAUUGAUCAAACAUUCAACUGUGGAAAAAAACAACAGUAGACACAAAGCCAGUGAGAGCGCAAAAGACAUUUUGGAAGAUUCUGAUACGGAGAUACUCAGCGAUAUCACAGUUAGUUCGGUACACACUAGUGACCUUUCUUCCUUUGAAGAAGAGAGUGAAGAGGAGCUUGUGCUUUCUGACAGCACGGAAGAAGGAGAGAUUGUUUCUGAUGAUGAAGAAGAGGAACACGAUCAAAUUAAAUCAAGACCAGAGGCUGGCGAUCCUAAUGAUAAAAAACCAAAAUCUGUCCGACAUGCUUAUGUCCACAAGCCUUACCUUUACUCCAAAUACUAUAGUGAUUCUGAUGAUGAACGGACUGUAGAGCAACGCCGCCAAUCAGUUGCUAAAGAAAAAGAAGAGAGGCUUUUAAGGAGACGGCUUAACAGAGAAAAACUGGAAGAAAAGCGGAAGCAGAAAGCUGCAGAAAAAACAAAAACACUGAAAACAGGAAAUCAAGGUAAAAGCAGUCAAAAUGUGGAAGAGUCUUCAAGCAGAGGCCUCGAUUUAAAAGCCAGUGGUGCCAGCAUUAAAGAUGUGUUGAAAGAACAGCGGUUUUUAGAAAAGAAGGUGGCACUUAGCAGGAAAAGAAGGAGGGAGUCAAGACAUAAUGACGAAGGUGGGAAGAAGAAAUAUGAACAGCCAGAGGAAGAUCUCAAAGAACCCCAAAAGACAAAUGAAAGUGGAGACAAGCUGUCCUCGAAGGAAGUGAAGGUGACUCAAGGCAAAAUUGAACUGCACAAACUUGUUCGAAGACUUUCAGAGUCCAUUCACUCAACUGAAGAGAGUAGAAAUGACCCCAAAGCAGAAAGAGAACACAAAAGGAAAACUUCUACCUGUCUUCAACUGGAUGGUGCCCAACAUGACACAGAAGUCAAGGAUCCAAAGGCUCACAGUGACAGAACAGAGGCCAACCCAGAAGAAUUUCAGAAGCAGAAAAAUGUACUCAAAAAUGAAAAACAUAUUAAAAAGGAAGAUUCGGAACCCCAGAAUUUCAAAAGUAUACUCAAGAAAGAUGCUAGGUCAUCAAAAGAGAAAAAUGAAAAAGAAAGAGCUCUUUCUGAAGACAAACAAUUAAAACAUAAAUAUAAGGGCGAUGGUGUUCAUAGAACAGGCGACGAGGCAGAAAAUCUGCCAUCCGAGAAAGGUCUCAAAGGUGAGGAGAGCAUUCAAAAACAUAAUCAGCUAACAAAAACUCUGUCAGGUGAACGGAAGAAUAAGCAUAGAAGCGAAAGGAAAACAUCAGCAAGCAGCAAAGAAGUAAAAAAUGUUUCUGAACCUGUUUCCAAAAAUGAAGAAAGUUCUCAUAAAGAGAAUAACAAGAAAUACAGACAUAUUUCCACAGAAAAACCAAGGGCAGAACAUAAGUGCAAAAGGUCAUCAAGUGAUUCUAGGCCACAGAAGGAUUCCCAAAGUACUUCAAAGCCACACAGUUCUGCAACUUCAAGGAGAAGUGGAAGCUAUUUAGAAGAAAAGGAUCGACAUGAUACAGAAUCCAUUAACCUGGACAAUGCUUUAAGACAAGGUGAUGGUAUUCACAAAGACAGACGAAAAUCAAAAAGUAUCUUAGAAGAAAGGCUCUUGAUGAAGUCCAAAUCUAAGAGUCAUAACAAACAAGCCAAAGUAACGGAAAAUGAAUUACAAGAAAGUUCUUCCAAGCAGGAAUAUGGGUUGAAAUCAGAAAAAGAAAAGAAUGCAGAAGAAAGUGAUCUAGAUAAACAUUGUAAAUCCAAAAGUGAAAGUAGAGUUUUGGAAGACAGUUCUGUGGAAUUGGAGCCUGAAAGUGGAGUGCAUGUCAGUAGUUCACAAAAAGAUUCUGGUCACAGAGUUAAGCUGCAGUUGGCAGAAAAAUCAUCUACAAAAGAGAAAACUAAAAGUGAUAAGGAUUUCAGCAGCUCCAGACUGGAAAGGAAGUUUUCAGCAGAAGGUCACAAAACCAAAAGUUUGAAGCAUAGUAGUAAGGAAAUUAGAAAGCGAGAGGAAGAGAACAAGCUAGAAGACAAAGGCGUAAAACAAGUGGACAGUCCUGCCAGGGUGCAAGAAAACAAUCAGUUUGCUGAUAAAAAAGCUAGUAGAAGAUUUGCGGGGGGAAACAGAAAAGCAAGUUUGUCUUCCAAAGACAUGGAUACGGGAGAAGAAAAAAUACCAGCAGUUAUAUCUGUAGGCAGCUCUUUCCCAGUUUCUCAGAACAUAGUCUGGACUAGUAGUCACACAUUACAUUCUGAACAAAGCCAAGAGCCAAUGGAGAUUGAAUUGCAACGGACACUCAGUGAAUCAUCUCAUCAGACAUCUCAAGCAGAAGAAAAAAGCAGUAAUGAUUCACAAGUGACUGAAUUUAAAAAUAAAGCCGAAGACCAAACCCAUCAUAAUUCAGUGUAUGAGUUUAAUAAAUCAGGUCAUUCCAAAGAAAGAACCUCAGAACCUUCCCUUUCAAGUCACAUUAGCUCCGAGCAAAAAGGUGAAAAUGUUUCCAAAAAGGAAGAGGAUGAACCAAGAGAUAUAAAUGGUCACGCUUUGAAGAACGUGGGACUUAUUAAGCAGGAGCCCUAUCAUGCGAUUGCUUGGUGUGAGACAAGUGAUAAAAUCUCACUUACUUCUCACAAGGACAAUGAAAAGUUAAAAUUCCAAGGAAUGUCUGAGGGUACUGCAGCACUGAACAGUCCUAAAAAUAUAAUUAAUCCAAGCAAAGAAAGCAGUUCUCCAACAGAGAGCUCCUCAAGAGAAGAGGUUAACAGCCUUGCAGAAAGCACAAACCCCUUGAUUAGUGUAUCUGUGGAGGAAUCUUUAAAUUUAGAUACACCUUGCAUUGAAGAUGCUGUUUCUGACAAUAAAACUGAAGAUUCUGCUAAAAUCGAACAACAUGGUACUCUUGUUCUUGGUGCUAGUGUGAAAGGAGGCACAGAAAAUGACAUCACCGUUGAAAGCAUAGAUGAAGCUGCUUAUUUAAGUGACAAACAAGCAGCUGAAGAGAAUGUAGGCAUUCAGGAGAGUGUUGUACAAGGAAGCGUUAGAAGUGUGUUAACUGGUGUGGUGCAGAGUAACAGUCUGACUGACCUGGUGAUAGUUGGUGGAUGUGUCCGUACAGACAAAUCUGUGUCCUCCGUCUUGGAGAAAGUGGCAAGAGACAAUCCAGGUGAAGGUUUUUCUGUAAAGGAAGGCCAGCCUGCUACAGAAUGCAAAGACAAAACAGAGGAAAAUCAUAGUACCAGUGCUGUGACGGAAUCCUCUUCAGGAAAGAACCUUUCAGAAGGAGGAACUAGUGCCAAUGCAAGAAGAGUCACUGAAGAUAAAAAUGAAACCAAUGUAGUAGGCAGUAGUGUAGGGGGCAACAGUUGUGAUACCUGCCUCAGCAUGGAGACUUCUGAUGCAACCAUUAUAGGAACUAGCACUGAGAGAAGUACUGGAAGCACAGUAACUGCCACAAGUACAGGAGAAAGCAGUGGUGAAGAAAGCUCAUCUGUAAAUUUGCAAAGGGAAGGCGAUGCCAUUAUUUCCUGUUCUGAAGAAAAAGGGAAGGCUACUUUAAUCUGUACAAGCAUAGAAGCCGAUGAAGGUUUCCAUGUGGGCACCUGGACCAAAAACAAGCAAGGGCCCCAUUUUGCAACCGAAAAGUGUACCGUCACUGCUGCUGAAGAAAGUGGUGUUGGCGUUACUGAAGGGCUUGCUGCCUGCGAAAGUUCCUUAACCAGUACAAAGGAGGAUGACAGUGAUGAAUGCGCUGCGAAUUAUGUCGAAGAAAGCGGUAAACAGCUAAACAACAAAAGCGGUGUAGAACUUGAGCAAAAUUUGGAUAACACUGAAACCGACGAGAAAGAUGAUGCUGUGACCAGCGCAGGCUCUGAAGGAAGGUGUACAGCAUCCGCCUCUCAUGGUACGAGCCGUUUUGACAGUGCUGCUGCCUGCAUUAGUGAGGUAGAAGGUGAUGGGGCGGUGACCAGUGCAGGCACCACUGAUCGGAAUGGCUCUCUGCACAGUGAAAAUCCAGAUGAAUGUCAAACCAAUGCAAGUGGGGUGGGGCAAGUGAAAGCAGUGGAAGGUGCUGUGACUUGCACCGGCGCAGCAAGAGGAAGUGUCGGCUUUGCUAUCUGCUCAGUCACUGGUACAGACUCUCCAGAAGACAGCUCUGUGACUGGAGCAUGUGCCAGAUUAGAGGCCAGUAAUGCAGUGACUGGAACCCAUGCCAACAAGAGUGAAGACAUUGUGUAUGGCGAAAGCGCCGUCACCAGCACAGGCAUAACGGCAGAAGAUGACCCUGAAGCUGCGACUGCUUGUGCCGGCUUGGAAGACAGCAAUGAAGGUUUUUCCAUCUCUUUAGGCAUGCAAGAAAAAUACAAACGUGCUACAGACAGCACCGAAGCCACAGCUGAAACAAAUGUCACGGAGGUUAGCCGAGGCUCCUGCGAUGACGAAGGUUUUGUGACCAGCACUGGCGCCAAGGAGGACGACGAAGAAGGUGAAGACUUUGUUACCAGCACGGGAAGAGGAAAUGAAGAAAUGGAUCAUGCCUCCGCCUGUACAGGAACCGAAGAGAGUGGAAGGUCAGUGCUUUGUGUUGGAGACGCAGAAAGUGGAAGUUCCUCCAUCUGCCGAGCUACAGGCCGGCUUGGAACAGAGCUGAGGAUGCUGACCACAGAUGUAGGUAAAGGUACUGUUGAUAGCAUGACCAGCUUUGGGGAAGAAAACAAGAGUAGCAGUGUCAACCACAGCACCAAGGGAAUCGUUGAAAGUAGCACUACUAGUGUUGGUUCAGCCAAUGACAAUGUUAUGGGCUUCAUCAUAGAAAAAGAGGAAAAAUCCGCAAAUACAGAGAAAUAUGAAUUUGGCAUGACCAGUGCAAUCUCAGAACAAAGUAUAGGCCAACCUUCUGCUAUGGAAGAGAAAAAUGAGAAUGCCAUGUCUUACGUAGACAAUAGGAAAUGUGAAGGCCUGGUCUUGAGAAUGGAAGAGGCCAUUCCUUCAGCUUCUGAAGAUGAUGAAGAUGAAGCUGAGACCAUCUCUACAAGUGUGGUCAAAGUAUGUCUUUCACCUCCGCAUUGUUCUUCUGAGCACAUGGAGCAAACCUCUGCUGAAAACUAUGAUAUGACCACAAGUAUAAGUGGAGAAGAAUUUGAGGCCCCUAUGCCUAGCACAGCCGUUGACUCCUGUCUGAGUCAAGAUGGAGCUGUUACACCAAAUAAGGUUUCCACAAGUGUGUUGGAAGAAUUUGAAGCCCCUAUGCCUAGUGCAACCAUGGAAGAAGGCGAGGGUCAGUUUGCUACUGGAAGAGCAAUAGAAAUGACCUCAACCAGCGUGAAAAUGUGUGCCGUUCCCAUGUCGAGUGCAUCCAGGGGAGAAGCUAACAAAAACUGUACAGCAGACCAGAGCCAGGAGGAAAGAGAUGAGUGCACUGUGAUUUCCACAAGCAUUAACGAAGAGUUGGAGGUUCCUCUUUCUCACGCAGGCACAGAAGAUUUGAUUCCACCCUUUGCCUUAGGAUUAAAACAUCCUGCUCACAUAGCCAUGAUCUCAACAAGCUCUGCAGAACAUCUGGAAAUCUCUGUGUCUCCUGCCACCACACAAGAAUUGAAUCCAGUUUCUGAAACAAGAACAGAAGGAAGACUGGAGUCUUUCACUAUUUCUACAAGUACGACAGAAGGAGUGCUGAUGCUAGCAGAAACAGAAGGAAAAGAUGAUGGUACCAUCGUCUGUCCAGACGCAACAGAAGAAACCAAAGCUGUUCAUCCCAGUGAUGCCACAGGCCAAGAAUAUGAACUGGCUGUUCAGAGCACAUUAAAAAGCAGCCAAGGGGCUACAGUUUUUGUUGAAGAGGAGACAAAAUGUGAUGCCUCUGGACAAAACGUUGCCAGCAUCAAACCUGAUCUGCAGUUGGUUGCCUUGAAGAUAGAGAAUCCAGAGGUAAUUGCAACAGUUGCUGCCAGAGUGGUGGAAGAAUGUGAUAGUGCUUCCAACAUUCCUGCCUUAGAGGAGACUCCACUUGCUUUUGACAGCAUAGAAGUAGAUGGUGAGCGGAGUGUUGUGUGUGCUGAAGCAGGUGACCAUUCCAUAUCUUCAACCCCAGAAGAAAGCAAGGACAUUUCUGCUGUGCUUUGUGAAGAAAGUCCAAGUGUCUCUCAGGAGGAACCUGGGAUUGCUUUGACUGGAGAAUUGGCAGCAUCUGAGACCACAGAGGAUACCAAAAAAUCUGAAACAACUGCAAAUACAGGGAAAUCCUCUAGUGUAGAUGAAAACCUCUGUACAGAAAUAUGUUUGGAGUCCUCUUCCAAUGACCGGCUAUCUGCUGAAAUCUCCGUGCAAGCCCAACAAGGUGUGCUACAUAAUGAAGUUACCUCAAACCCUUCUGACAUUCUGUUGGAACAAGAAAGAGGAGAUAAAAAAUUAGUAACAGACUAUAUUAAUCAUGAUCCAGUAUUAAGUACUGACCUUUCUGGAAAAAGGGAUCUCCCCAAGGGGGAAUAUUUGACUCCAUUACUUUCUGAAUCGGGGAGCAAUUCUGAGAACAGAGCACUUGCCAUAGAAACAGAUCUGUGCAUGCAACAUAAUUUGGCUGACGUUGAAGCCAACGUGGAUGAUUGUCAUGAACCGGAAGCUGCUUCUCGAGAAAGUCACACAGAGAGCGUCCUCCGGGCUCUAGAACUCCACGGUUUCCUGGUAAACCGGAUCAAGAGCACCCUCUCUCCGUCCCAGUUCAUCCAUCACCUGGGGGUGUUCAUAGACACGAACCAGAAUGCAGUCUUCCUUCCGCCAGACAAGAUUUCCUCCAUUGUCAAGUUGACAAGGACAGAGCUUCCAUGCAAGAGCCCGAUAAAAGAAAAUCAGCAGGAAGAGGGCCCGCCAGAAGAGAGUAACAAAGAUAGUACUGCUGGCAAAACAGAUAUCUGUGAAAAACCAGAUCUGGAGCCCAGUUUAAAUCCUGUUGAGGUAAGUAACCUGGUAAACCAGCCAGUAAUCGUUAAACGGAAAAGGGGACGGCCUCGUAAAUACCCCCUGCCAGGUCAAGAUUCAGAAGCUGACACAAGAACUGGGAAGAAAGCUGAAGAAGGAAAGGUGGAGGUGGUGGUGCGUCGAAGAGGAAGGAAGCCCAAACAACCUCUUCUUCCAUCACUGGAAAUGGGAACAGAAACACCUGAGCCAGACAGAAAACGUCUGAAGCUCGCACCUGCUGUGGAAGAGGAAACGAGAGACCAAGAGAGUGGCAAUAAUGGAAGAGAAGACCACAGUGACGACGGUGGUGGCAGCAGCGAGGAGGCACAUUCGGGAACCACGACUAGGUCAGCCUCAAGGUUAGAAGCUCAAAGAAAGCAGCCCAGCAAACCAGCGACACGCGCAGCAUCUAAAAACCAAAGCCCAGGUCCAGUUUCUCCUACAAAUCACCAAACGUCCACAGGGAAAAAGCCACUCGCCCAUGCAAAAUCAAACAAGUCUUCUCCUUUGGCUCUUUCAAAGUUGCAGCCCACCAAGCGUAAAAGGGAAGGCAGCCCCUCUGUGUCACAGAAGAAGGGUCACCUGAGAACUGAGGAGUCGGCUGUCAAGAAGGCCAAGCGGUAGAUCUCAUACCAAACGCAAAUGGGAGAAGAAAGCAAGAAGAUACC